AUGUCGCACAUGGCUAACGCUGAACAUCACCGGUCAGUCCGUUCUAAACGUACUACGAAGAACUUGAACUAUGGUCACUUCGGCACCGCUACUUUUGAGGAGUCUACGCACAAAUGGCGCUUUUUGCGCCAAAUCCAGAGUUAUCACAAACUGGAUUCACAUGGUUCAGAGUGGCCUGCCUUUGAACUCGUGCAUGAAAACGUCCAACAGCUUAAAGCAACGGGCGUAGAACGUUUUGGUGCGACCGUGAAAUGUUCAAGCACUCCUGGAACGAACCACAUACUGCUGAAGCACAUACCGGAAAGUGCCAUUGUUGUCGAAAGUCUCUCAGCGUCUUCUAUCGAUCAUGCAUCGAAAGACAUAAGCCGGUCCGAAAGUACGGGAGAGCUGAUUGCGUUUGGACAUGCCCGAGUUUUGGGUGAUGACGGCUUUCGUUCGCGGCUAAUGCCAAUCGUGGCGUUGCCAGUUGGCAUAGGAGGAGAGAUUCUCAGACUACAUGGAAUCGACCUCAGCCGCUUUGUGCCUGAUGAUGAGGUUGACACAAGAGGCACUUGGAAUGUUCCUUGUAUCUCGCUCUCAAGAAUUGGCCGUUGGCGCCUGUUAACAGAUCCGAUUCUACAGAUAUCCUUUAGCACGAGUGACGAUCAAACACAUCUACUCAUUCGACAGUCAGGAGGGACGAGCAUUCUUCGACCGAUCAUUAAGUCAGAUGUUAGUGCUGUUGAUUCUUCCGGUUCUGGGAGCACUGAGAACCAUGCGGGUGCUUCACCAAUUGACCCCAACCAUAUGCUGACUAUUCCGAGCGCCAGAACUGGUGGGCAUCAGCAUGCAGACGCGGUUUUCAAUCCCAAGAACCCGAAUGUGCUGGCAAUUCUUGAUGUUAGUGGACAGUGGAGUGUGUGGAAGAUGAAGGGAAAAGAGCCUCUAUCGGCUCGUGUUACUGUGAGAGCAAAGAUACUCCGCCGAGGAAAUAUGUUCGGCAGCGACCUUUUUACUCCUGUCCAAAAUGUCAGACCUGAUGGAUGGUAUCGACUGUGCUGGUUGAACAACACCUCAAGCAAGACUGAUAAUUUUUUCGUCUGUGGUCGUGCCUCUGCACAUGUGGCCGACAGCGAAGGCGUAUCAGCUAUUCAGGCUGAUAUGCGGCUGGGACCGCCGUCAGAUGGCAUCGUGAUUCUGGAUCUUAAGCAAAGUGUGCGAGACAUGCGAGCACUUUAUGUGCUUUCAGGUUCUCGCUUGCAGAUUUUCUCUGCAGAUCAGUUGGACACAGGCUCAAGCUCUAGGACAGAGCCUCUCAAUCUUGUCUGUAGCUGGAGUCAUUUUCGGGACGAACGAGACCUUGAUAUGAGGAUGAGUAUUGUGGAGCAUUCGCAAAAUACUUGCAUAUUUCUGCAUUCCCAUUCGAGCAGUGUCGUCACUGUCUUCCAAUUUCACCAUGGCAAAUCAGGCCCAGAGGUCGAGUCCUCCUGCGGACCUACUACGUUACAAUGGCCUGAGGCACUUCGUGGAAAAGUUGCAACGAUAACAGGUCUUACGAUUGUCCCAGUUGAUUUCCGGGUCAAUAAUCGUGCAUUCAAUCGCUUAGAUUGGGGCGUGGUAAAGUUUGUGGCGUGGACUACCCAUGGCGAAAUCAUUGAGGCCUUCUAUCGAUAUAAGAUAGGUAAUGGCAUUGAAACGAAGGAAGCGAACGAUGUUAUACCUCUCUUACCUCUUCCAAAAACCACCAAGAACCGAUAUUUUAGCGGCAGACUUGUUGAAGAAAAUGAUUUGGAUGAUUUCGUUGUUGAGGACGGUUUGGCGUUUGAGUAUGAGGUACAGAGAAAUGGCGAGCUAAUGGAAGUGAUGCGCAAAGAUGCACAUGCAUUCUCUUCUGCUCCCGGAAGCCGCUUCUGGGAAACGAUACUGAAUUAUGAAACUCUCAAGAACGAUGAGGACUUCCGGCCUGUCAUCUCGGACUCCUUCAAUCAGGCUUCCCAGCAAUAUACUGACUUGGUGGACGAAUCAUUACCCCUAUCGACCCUGGCAAAUCUUUUGAAAGAACCUCGCAUUUUGGACCUAGAGGCCGCCUCUCAGAACAUGGAUAAUUGGAUCAAAUGGAUCGGUGCAUCUGAAGAGAUACACAUUCAGCCAACCAAAAUCCACCUGACGACGCUUCCCACUGAAGUGGGGACCGGCAGCCUACUCACGCUUUAUGACACAUUCCUCUUUACCUACAUCACUCCUCUAUCCCCACAUAUCACCAAUAGGAAUCGUGUCAAUCGGGAGAAGAUAGUUCGACAGACUGCCACUGAUGCUUUUCUCAGUGGUCUAGGAUUACGAUCACGUUUGAAAGUCGAGGGCAAUGACAACGAUCCUCAAUCACCAACCCAGCUGCUGUCUUCUCAGACAUCCGUGCCUACAAUUUCAAACGUAUCUGCUCAAUCAGCAGUAUCUCGCCUACGGGCAUACGCAACUUUCAGAUCUGAAGCUGAUGCACCUCCGGAAAAGGUUGGUGUUAUGAUUUCAACGAUCCUAGACCAUCUUCCAGGUACUAUCGACAGCGACCCAACAAACUACUCGUACGAGAUCACCAACAAGAGGAUACAGAAUGCGCAAGAUGAGGAAGCCGAGUUAUCACUAGACCCACGUGAAAGAGCAAAGAUCAAGAGGGAGGCUGCCAAGCGUCUCAGGAAUCUUGGAAAACAAGCACAGUUCAGCCAACAAGUUCAAACACAACGAUCCAUGAUUCCAAGUGUGACGAACCACCACUUGGCACCAAGGCUCCCCGGAAGAGAAAUCCAAAGCAGUCAGCCAGCAGUCCCUGCACCAAGCCAGAGUCAAGGAGAUGGCCCCGGAAUGCUCACCAUGUCGCAGCCCGUGAAAGGUGUUCAUGGAAUGCGACCGUUGAAGAAGAAAACGCCCAAGGCAACACCUGGAUUUUGA